AUGUAUAACUCUGAAUUAAUAAAGCUUUUUGACCAGCUAAAAAAAGCCAGAAAUGAAACUUCUGAAAGACUAGCUUAAGAACUUUAAUAAUAUUAUUUAAAAAACAGUAGUUAAUAUGAUGAAAUAUUUUAGUAUCUUUAAAAAAUAAUAAACAGCUCUGACUUAUAAGAAAAAUAUAAUGGAUUACUUGGAUUAGAUUAAAUAUCAUAUGUCAUACAAGAAAAUUAAUAUAUGAAUUUUGUUAAUAAAUUUCAUACAAAUGUUUUUUAAUAAUUCCAAGAAAAUGCAGAUUAGCGAUAUUUGAAAAAAACCGCAGAAGUAUAUGGCCGCUUAUUAAAAUUAGGUGGGACUAGAAUAUAAAAUAUAUUGCAUACAUAUAUUACUAAUGCCAUUGAUUGGCUUUUUAACAAGAAUUUUAAAGAAAAUCGGAAAUAUGCAGGUUUACUCGCAUUAAAAGAGCUUCUCGAGUAAGCUCCUUUUGUAACAUUUAAAUCAAUAAUACAAACAGAAAAGUACAGAGAAAAUAUAUGGAAUUUAAUAAAAAAUAAAAGCAUUCAAUUAAGAGAAGCUGCUCUUAUGUUUUUUGAGGUUUAUAUAAAAUUAAUUAGUUUAAAAGAAUCGGAUUUUCAAAUAAAAGAAUAUACCACAUUUUAUAAUGAUAUUUAAUAAAGUGUAAAAUAAAAAGAUGAUGAUGUUAUAAUUGGGAAUAUCUCUGUAUUAAAAAUAAUCUUAAGUUAUUCAAAUCCUGAUGUUUUCUAAACACAAUAAUUUUAUGAUAUGUGUGAAUAUGUUACAAGUAAAAGAAGUUCUUCUUCAGAGUAAAUUCAAAAAGCAGUAAUUGAGGCUUUACCAAUUUUAUCUAAAUAUAAAAAAUAAUAUUUUAUUGAGAAUUUUUUCUAAAAGACUAUCGAAUUUCUUAUUCUAAAAAUAGCAUAAAACCGAACUAGUCGAAACUAUAAUCUUGACAUUACUAUAAGUUAUUAUGAUACUUUAAAUAAAAUUUGCUAAUGUUUAGAUGGAGGUGUUUAUACUAAAUUAGAUGAAGCUUAACAAAAUAUAGUAUUUAAAAAUAUAGAACUAGUAACAAGGACUAUCCGAUAAGAUCUGAUAGAUAGAAAACCUUAUAUACCUUCUAGAAUUUUAUGUUUGCAGAAUAUUCUGAAAGUAUUUAACGCAUAAUAUUAAUAAUUAAUAAUUGAUGAAGAUAGCUUGAUAAAUAAUAUAUUAUUUAAUGGUUUAUACCCUCAAAGCAUUGAUUUUUUAAAGCAGAUAUAGAAGACUUAUUUUUUUUAAAAAGAUUAAUAAUAGAAUAGUAAAGAAUUAACUAAAAAAAAAAUAGACUUAACCUAAAGUAUUUAAUAUAAGCUUUUACUUUGUAUAAUAACUGUUCUUUCGAAAUAAAAGAAUACCAUUCCUUAGAGUCUUUUAUCAAGAAAAUAAGAGAGAAAAGAAGAACAUUAAAAUUUUUUAAAAGCUUUAAAUUAAAUAAAUGAAUAAAACAAAUAAAAUGAUGAAAAAUCAAUAGCUAAUGCAAUUUAAACUUUAUCCACUUUUAACUUUUCCAAAUAUGAAAAUGAACUUGCUAAUUUUGUUAAAGAUAAUGUCCUGGACUAUUUGGAUGAUAAAAAUAAUAAAAUAAUAAGAAAAGCAGCAGCAAAAGCAGGAUGUUUAUUAUAUGUAAAAAAAAAAAGAGAAUAAUAAAUCUCCAAAAAUAUUAUGUAUGAAAUUCUCGAAAAAUUCAUGAGUGUAGCUAUUAGUGACCCUGAAGAUGAAAUCAGAUAAACUAUGUUAUCUUCUUUGAAUGAAAAUUUCGAUUAAUAUUUAAAUGAACCUAAUUAUUUAAAGAAGCUUUUUUUAUGUGUGAAUGAUAGUAAUAUAAAUGUUCAAUAAUUAGCACUAACUAUUCUUUGUAGACUUUCCAAACAUAAUCCUUCAGAUAUAGUUCCUUUUUUAAAAAAAACUUUGUUUGAGUUUUUAUCAUAAUUAGCAUUUGAUGAAAUGUAAAAUGAAAAAUAAAUGAUAAACUUAUUAAGUAGUUUAACUUGUCUUAUUAAAAACGGCCCAGAUAUAGUAAAAUCACAUUCAGAGUCGAUAGCUCAUAUUUUGCUUAAUUUUUUGAAUGAUCCAAAUAUGACAAAUAAUAUGAUACCUGAACUUCUAAAAGCAUUCAGUCAAUUAGGAAAUUUAGGAGAAUAAAAUAUGCUCCUUUAUAUUGAUGAAGUUGUUCCUAUAAUACUUUAGGCUAUGUAAGAUAAAUCUUCUACUUCAAAAAGGGAAGCUGCAGUAAAGUCUUUUGUUGAUAUUAUAAAAUGUACAGGAUUUGUUGUCUUACCUUAUUAUAAAUAUCCAAAUUUUUUAGAAAUUAUAUUGGGAUUAAUGAAAAAUGAAGUAAAUUUAGAAAUGAGAUAAUAAUGUAUGAGAUUAAUAGGAUGUUUAGGUGCCAUAGAUAAUUUUUAUUAUAAAAAAGUAGUGGAUAAAUUAAAAAAUAAGUUCAAAUUAAUAAAUAAUUAGGAUAAUAAUGAAAUCGUUAAUUCAAUUGUAAGUAAAUAAUUAAAGAAGAAAUUUAAAUUUUUCGAAAAAUUCAAAAACGCCAAAUAACUUCAAGGAUCAUAUAAUUUAACAAAAUAAUUACAUUAAUAUUAUGAGAAUAUUAUACUUUUAGAAAAUUUUAAAUAGAAAAAAUUGUUUUUAAAAUUGGCAAAUAUUUAAGCUGAAUCUAAUCAAAAUUAAACGAACAACAAAAACAGUGUAAAUGGUACUAUAUUUGCUAAAAAAGAUUCCAAAUUAAGAGAUUAAAUUUAAAUUGAUAAAAUUAAUAAUAGACAAGAAAAUGAUGAAGAAAUUAAAGUAUUACUUUAAGCGCCUACUGUUAUUUCUUUAAAUGAUGAAGAUUAUUAUUCUAGAGUAACUAUUAAGGCUUUAUUAAAAAUUCUAUGUGAUAAUUCCCUUAGUUAACAUCAUGAUCUUACAGUAAAUACGCUUACAUGCAUUAUUGGUGUUCUUAAAAAUAGAACAAAAAAUUUCCUUGACAUAAUAAUUCCUGUAUUUACGAAAAUAAUUUCUUAAGAAAAUUUAAGAUAAAGUUUAUUAGAUUUAAUUUAGAAAAUAAUAUAACAUUGCGGAGUCCAUUAUGAUUAAGCAUAUAUAGAUCCAAUUUUAAAUAUAUUUUUGGAAUAUGGAAAAGAAGUUAAACAUUAAAAAAUUUGUUUCUAAAUAUUAGAAAAUCUAAUAGAUUAAUAAAAAAUUAAUCUUAGGCAUAAAAUGGAGCCCAUAAUUCGUCUAAUAAAUAAUGUAAUAAAUAAACCUUAACUCGAUAAUUAAGCUGAAAUAGUUGAUUUUUCUAAAAAAAUGAUUAAAAUUUAUAUGAAAUUAGCCGAAUUAUUAGAUUCUAAUCUUCAUUUGAUAAUUCCUUUUUUAUGUCAAUUUAUAAAUAAAAAUCAUUCAAAUGCGCAUUCAGAAGUAAAAGUUGAAAUUGUGAAACUUUUUAAAACUUUAGCUUUAUAUUGUCCUUCUACAAUUUAAUUUUUAUCUUUAAUAGUUGAUUCAAUAUUGAAUUAUUUAAAUGAUGGAAAAAACGACUAAGUAACCAAUAAUUAAAUUCUAGACACUAUUGUUGUAUUUAUUUAUAAAUAUAGAAAUUAAUUUUUAGUUUAUUUACCUAAAGUAAACAUAAUUAUUAAAAAUUGUAAUAUUCAUCAUAAUUAAUACUCUCGUUGUAUUGAAAUAUUUUUAAAUAAUGGAAAUUUAGAUGACGUUUCUUCUUAAUUAGAAAAUGAAUAUCCUAAUAUAGUUGAAUAAAUAUAGAGAUAGCCUCCAUAUACCACUGAAUCAAAUAACGGAAUAUACCGAAAAAUGGUAAAUGAGAAGUUCAUAAAAGUAUUCGACACUUCAAGCUUGACAUCAAAAGAAGACUGGAAUUAAUGGAUAAGGAAGACUUCUGUAGAACUACUAAAGGAAUCUCCUAAUUUAAUAUUAUCCCCAUGUCAUUAACUAGCAGAAGUAUACGAAGAGCUACAAACGGAACUAUAUAAUAUAUCGUUUGCCUGUGUAUGGAGUUUUUUGAGAGAUAAAGAUAAAGAAUUUAUAAUAAACUAACUCACAAAAGCUAUCAACCCACAACAUUAAGACGCAGAUAAUAUUCCAAUAAAUAUUCUUUAAACAAUUCUUAAUUUAGCCGAAUUCAUGCAACACGAUAAGGAUGGUUUAUAAAUUGAUAAUUCAACUUUAGGAGAUUUAGCAGAAAGAUGUAUGGCUUAUGCUAAGGCACUUUAUUAUCGAGAACAUGAAUUCGAAACUGCAAAUGAAGAAACAAUAGAAAUUUUAAUUUCCUUAUAUACAAAUUUAGGGUAGAGGGAAGCGGCUAACGGACUUCUUAAUAUUGUAAAAAAUUAAUUGGGAAUGAAUUAGAAUAUGAGCUGGUAUGAAAGAUUACACUAGUGGGAAAAUGCCUUGGAUGAUUAUAGAGUAAGAUAAUUAAAUUAAGUUGGAUAGAAUUUUUUUGUGCCGAAAAUGAGAUGUCUGAAUGCACUUUCAGAUUGGGAAAAAUUAAUUAAAAGUACAGAAGAUGAAAAAAAUAUGGAAAAUAGAAAAUAGGUCAUGCAUUUGGCUGCUAAUGCAGCAAUGCAUUUAGGUAAAAAAAAAUUAGUUUUUUUUUUUUUUUUUUUUUAUUUUAUAGGUAAAUGGGAUUAACUUGAAUUAUAUACAGAAUAAGUAAAUGAUGAUUAUCCUGAUAAAAAUUUCUGGAAUGCAGCUUUGUGUAUUUAAAAGGCUUAAUUUGAAGAUGCUAGGUAAUAUAUUUCUGAAUCUAUUCUUAAAUUAGAUAGUUAGGUUAGUGGUCUUUUGUUAGAAAGUUAUAAUAGAGCUUAUGAUAGUAUUUUGAGGUUAUAGUAAUUAUUUGAAAUGUAGGAAAUUAUUGAAAUUAAAGAAUUUGAAGACAAAGUUAAAUAAGCUUAGAAAGAAAAUAGAGAAGGAUUGACUAAAAUUUAUUUAUAAUAAGACCUUGAACAAAAGAAAAAAUAACUAUAAGAUGUAUGGAUUGACAGAUUAAAUGGAAAUCCAAAAGAUAUUGACACUUGGUAAAAUAUUUUAUCCGUAAGAUAAUUAUUAUUAUCAAAAGUGGAUAAUAUGGAUACGUAAGAAAUAUAUUUAUAGAUAUAAAAUUAAUAUUUUUUUAAAAACAGAUGGUUAAAGUUUUGUAGAUUAGCUUUAAAAGGAAAUCAAAUGAAAAUCUGUUAAAAAAGUCUUGACGAAUUAAUGAAAGAAUAAAAUCCAGACCCAGGUGCUAUUGAAUUUUUUGAUUAUCCACCGAAAGUAGUACUCGCGAAUCUAGAAUGUAGUUAUUAAAUGUGUACAGCAAAAGAAUAAUAAACAUUUGAAAGAAUGGACGAGUUUUUAUAAAAAAAUUAAAAUUAAAUAGAUAAAAAACUAACAGCAAAAAUGUUUUUAAAAAUGGGAAACUGGUUAAGAGAUAAAGCUGAAGAUUUAAGUUAACCUGAAAUUAUUGAAAAAAUCGAACGUUUUUACUAAUCAUCUAAAAACUUUAAAGCAGAUUAUUAUAAAACCUGGCAUCAUUACGCCUUAUUAAAUUUCGAUGCCAUAAACAUCGCCCAUAAUUCCUUAGGAGAAAACCAAGAAGAAAAAAAGCAAUAAUACAUAAAAAAUGCUUUAGAGGGUUUUAUGAAAAGUAUAUCUUUAGGUGCUUCCUAGGAACAUAAAUCUCCUUACUUAUUCUAAGAUUCCCUCCGUUUAUUAAGUAUAAUAUUCGAAUAUGGUGAACUAGAAGAAGUGAAUAAUAAAUUUCUUGAAGACUAUAAAUAAAUCGACAUUCGUGCUUGGAUAGAAGUCGUACCUUAAAUAAUAGCAAGAAUUUCCAUAUCAAAAAAAGACAUAUAAAGACUUCUACAUCAACUACUAAUACAUAUAGCUAAUCAUCAUCCUCAGGCUCUUAUAUAUCCCCUAACGGUAGCUUGUAAAUCUAAAACUUAGGGCCGUUAAUAGGCUGCAAAUCAAAUAAUUUCUGAUAUUAAGACUCAUUCGCCUACUUUAGUUAACUAAGCUAUGUUAAUAUCUGCUGAAUUAAACAGAACGGCAAUUUUAUUCAAAGAGCAAUGGCAUGAAGGUAUAAAGGAAGCCUGGGAAUCAUUCCUCUAAGGCAAAAACUCUCAUUAACAUUUGAUAAAAGUACUUUUAGGACUACAUGAAAUGAUGACAAUGUAACCUGAAUCUUUAAGUGAAAUUUCCUUUCACUAAAAUUUCGGCGCUGAAGUUUUUGAAGCCGAAGCCUGGCUUCAAAGAUACAAUACUACAGAAAACGAAAUCUGCUUAUGUUAGGCUUUUGAUAUAUACUAUAAAAUUUAUUAAAGAAUAAAUCAUUAGUUGGAAAGUUUAGAUUACGUCUAUUUAGAAAAUGUAUCCCCUAAAUUACUUGAAACUAAAAAUUGCGAAAUUUCAAUCCCUGGUUUAUAUAAGCCAUCGCGUCCAGUGAUAAAAAUAAGCUGUUUCUAGCCUAAACUAGACGUUCUUUUUUCCAAAAUGCACCCUAGAAAACUUUUUAUAUAUGGUAGUGAUUCCAAAGAAUAUCAUUUUUUAUUAAAAGGAAGAGAAGAUAUUAGAUAAGAUGAAAGAGUUAUGCAAUUAUUCGCUUUAGUUAAUCGACUUUUACAUAAUAAUCCUGAAACAGAAAAAAAAGCCUUAAAUAUUACUAGAUAUAGUGUAAUACCAUUAUCUAUUAAUACAGGAAUUAUCGGUUGGGUACAUAAUUGUGAUACAUUAUAAUCACUUAUAAAAGAAUAUAGGAAAGCUUAUAAUAUUCGAGAAAAUCCAGAAAUGUCUCUAAUGGAUUAAUUUUGCACUAAUUACAGUGCACUUCCUUUGCCAAAUAAAGUUGAGAUUUUUAGACAUAUAAUAGAAAAUACUAAAGGGGAAGAUUUAAAAAAAAUUCUCUGGUUAAAAAGUCCUAAUAGUGAAAUUUGGUUAGAAAGAAGAACUAAUUAUACCAGAUCUUUGGCUACAAUGUCAAUAGCAGGGUAUAUUUUGGGAUUAGGGGAUAGACAUCCAUCUAAUAUUAUGUUAUAGAGAUAAACAGGUAAAAUUGUGCAUAUUGAUUUCGGAGAUUGUUUCGAAGUGGCUAUGAGAAGAGAAAAAUUCCCAGAAAGAGUCCCUUUUAGGUUAACAAGGAUGCUUGUAAAUGCAAUGGAAGCGUGUGGAAUAGUUGGAAAUUAUAGAAAUACAUGCGAAUUGGUAAUGAAAGUGAUUAGGGAAAAUAAAGAAUCGUUAAUUGCAGUUUUGGAAGCUUUUGUUUACGAUCCUUUAAUUAAUUGGAGGCUUAUAGCUAUUUCUGGAGAUGAUUAAGGAAAUAAUAAAAUAGCUGAAACAAAAGGAAAUAAAAACUAAGAUAAGGAUUAAUAAAAAAACAGUUUAAUUGAAAAUGAUCAAUAAUAGAAUUAUUUAGGAAGUAUUAUUUAAUAAGGAACUUCCUUAGCAAUUAAAAAAGCUAUGAAAUAAACUUAAAAAAAUAAAACAGAAGAUAAACCUCCUUUAUCUUUUAAAAAAGAAAAAGAAUAACAAUAUUAUGAAGAUGAAGAAAAAGAACAACCUUAAGAAAUUAUAAAUAAAAAAGCGCUAGAAGUAAUGGAUAGAAUUAAAAAAAAACUAAACGGAAAAGAUUUUAAAGAAAAUGAAUAGUUGUCUUAUGUUGAAUAAGUAAAUAAAUUAAUAAAUUAGGCUACUUCUCAUGAAAAUAUUUGCUAAGCUUAUAUGGGUUGGUGCCCUUUUUGGUGA